CAUUGAAUUUCGGUCAGCAGCAGAUUGUCAAAUAGACACACGUUCGUCGUUGCUGAUCGCUGCCACCAGGCACUAAAACAAGAAGCAUCUUUCACCUCAGUCUCUCUCCAUCUGCCAAGCUCCUUGUUACUAUCAGCCACCCGUCAGCACAAGCUUACUAGUAGGACAGGAGGAGGCACAGGUCAAAGAUAAGAUGGAGAAAGCACCCGUCCAGAUCGGACAGUUCAUCCUGGCCAAGAACCUGGGUAUCGGGGCUUUUGGAAAGGUCAAGCUUGCUACCCAUGCCGUGACCGGACAUAAAGUAGCUGUGAAGAUCCUCAAUAAGGCAAAAAUCAAACAGCUGGGGAUGGAAGAGAAAGUCCAACGAGAAAUUAACAUCUUACACCUGUGUACCCAUCCUCACAUUAUUCGCUUGUACGAAGUUGUCGAUACCCCUACAGAUAUCUUCUUGGUUAAUGAAUAUGUCUCGGGAGGGGAGCUAUUCGAUUACAUUGUAUCCAAGGGACGUCUAUCCGCCGAUGAGGCCAGGAAUUUCUUCCAUCAAAUCAUUUCGGGAGUCGAGUACUGCCAUUUCCAAAAGAUUGUUCAUCGCGAUUUAAAGCCCGAGAAUCUUUUGCUCGAUGCCAAUUUGAAUAUUAAGAUUGCUGAUUUUGGGCUCUCCAACUUGAUGAGAGACGGAGAUUUCCUCAGGACAUCUUGUGGUUCUCCCAACUACGCCGCACCGGAAGUUAUCAGUGGUCAUCUCUAUGCUGGGCCUGAAGUGGAUGUAUGGUCUUGUGGAGUCAUCCUCUAUGCAUUGCUUUGUGGUUCACUUCCCUUUGACGAUGAGUCCAUUCCAAAUUUAUUCAAGAAAAUCAAGAGCGGAAUGUACAGCCUACCAACUCACUUGUCACAAUUGGCCAAAAACCUUAUCCCACGCACUCUGGAAGUCGACCCGAUGAAGAGGAUCACCAUUCCGGAGAUUCGAUUGCAUCCGUGGUUUCAGCACAAACUGCCUCCUUAUCUACGACACCCACCAGAGCUUAUGGAAAAACAAGAACGAGUAGUUGAUCGGGAAGUCAUUGAUGAAGUCAUGAAACUACCUUUUCACAAGGCCUACGGGAACGUUCACACCAAUGGCGACCAUUUGAUGAAUGGUGUCAUGUGUAUUCCCCAGCACCAGUUUCCACAAGGCAUUAUCACCCGUGAACUCGUCGAGCAAGCUGCUGCUUUGGAAGACAAUCGAGACUCGGACACCCCAAAGGUCUUGAGGGAUCUUCGUUGUGCCUAUGAGCUCAUCCUCGACCAUAAGCACACCAGAUUGCGUGUGAUGGAGGUCGCCAGAGCUAUCAAGGAAGCGGCCAGUGCUACUCCGCCUGCGUUCAGCCUGGGUGGUUCCAGAGGAACAACCCCUGGAGGAAGCCAUUAUGGCGGGAAUAGGUACGAUGGAAAACAGUACGGCAAUACUUCCCCCGGUGCUGCUGCUCAUGCAGGAUCUCCAUCAAGUCAAGCUAGAUUGGCAGAAGAAGCGGCCAGAGCUCUCAUGAAUCCAGGGGUCAGGCAUCAGUCCCAGUAUCAAACUCCUAGUCAACAGUCACCGAGUCCUGUUGGAGUGGGAGGGCCUCCCGUGGUGCAAAUGACUUCAUCGAUUCCGGGGAACACUGGCAUGAUUGCCCAGCAUCAACACGGGCGACGAACACGUAGGUGGUACCUGGGUAUUCAAAGUAAGAAGGACCCCGGACACGUUAUGAAUGAAGUGUACAAGGCGCUCAUGGCGUUGGGGUGUGAAUGGUUGCAGUUGUCACCUUACCGAAUCAAGUGUAAGUGGAGGCCGAAUGUGUCUCGAGGAGGUUUCCGAGCGGCGGAAGGUUCGUUUGGUAUAGUCCCGUCCGCUGGAGGGGAAACACCACAGGGUGCUUGGAACAAAGCUGAUGGCGAGGCGAUGGAUGUUGAUGCGAAAGAAAGGAAGGAUUUGCAAUCUAGGAUGAAAAUCAUCUCGGGAGAUGAUGGACAUCUUGCUAGGGUCCCAAACCUUUCUAUGCACGACUAUUCGAUCAAGAUUGGACUCAGUUUGUACAAGGUGCAGCAGAACAUCUACCUUCUUGAUUUCCAAAAAGCAUCUGGCGAUGCCUUUUCGUUCAUGACACUGUGUGCCAACAUCAUCACAGAGUUGAAGACCCUGAGCGCCGCAAGCAAACAGGCGCAGCAGCAAGCUGCAGCAGCCGCUGCUCAGCAGCAAUUCCAAAGCAUGUCAAAGUGAUUCUUGUUGGCUACAUAGUAGGUUUCCAGUGCUGUAAACUAAAGGCGGAAACCAAAUCGUUAACGCAAGUGUCCAUAGUAGCAAUAGUACGGUGUUCGAACAAACCAUUUGUGGAAAGAUCACUGCGCAAAGUUGUGCUGGCUAGCUAGUUUUGAAUCGAUCGCUCCUACUCUCUUCCCCCCUUCAUCCGGGAAACAUCACGUCCAUGCUAAAUCCAACAGUUUUUUUUAACAAUUAACCAAAUAAUUUUCGAGCAC